AUGGCCUCGCUGGACCUUCCCUACCGGUGUCCGCGCUGCGGGGAGCACAAACGUUUCCGCAGCCUCUCCUCGCUGCGGGCUCACCUGGAGUACAACCACACCUAUGAGACCCUCUACGUCCUCUCCAAGACCAACAGCAUCUGCGAUGCCGCCGUCUUCCCCCUGGCCGCCGACGGGGCGCUGCUGACGCCGGCCGCCCGGCGGGACUAUUUUGAGAGCACCUCCUUCCAAGGCAAGGAGCAGCGCUUCUCCUGCGACCUCGUCCCCGCCGAGGAGCUGGAGCCGGCCCCGUCCUCCUCCCCCUCUCCUCGCUAUGUCCACGAGAUCGAAAUCCCCCUGACCGAGAUCUUCACCCGGGGCAAAGCCGUGGCGCCGGCCCCCACGCCGCCGGCCGCGAUGGACGCUGCCUACGAGGAAGGGCUGGCCCGGCUGAAAAUCCGCGCCUUCGAGAAGCUGGAGGUGGACAAGCGGCUGGAGAAGCUGACGGAGGAGGUGGAGCAGAAGAUCGCCUCGCAGGUCGGCCGGCUCCAGGUGGAGCUGGACCGCAAGAGCUCGGAGCUGGAGAAAGCCAAGCAGGAGAGCCUGCGGCUCAGCCGCGAGAAGCAGGAGCUGGAGGACCGGGCGUCCGAGCUGUCCCGCCAGGUGGACGUCAGCGUGGAGAUGCUGGCGUCCCUCAAGCAGGACCUUGUGCAGAAGGAGCAGGAGCUCACCCGCAAGCAGCAGGAGGUGCUGCAGAUCGACCAGUUCCUGAAGGAGACGGCUGCCCGCGAGGCCAACGCCAAGGUGCGCCUCCAGCACUUCAUCGAGGAGCUGCUGGACCGGGCGGACCGCGCCGAGAAGCAGCUCCAGAUCAUCAGCAGCAGCUGCGGCACCACCCCGAACGGCAGCCUGGGUCGCUGCGGCACGCCGGGCGCCAAGGCCAUCGGCCGACCGGUACCGGCACGGGCACAGAGAGAGCGGCACCCAGGACCAGGGCCAGCCGUGCACGGCCCCUACGCCAUCCCCAACCAGCGCUCCUCCUCCAGCACCGGGGCCUCGAGCAGGGCGAAAGCGGUGUCGCAGAGCUCGGGCUGCUACGACAGCGACAGCGCGGAGCCGUGCCCCACCGACGACACCGCCGACGGGCACCCCUACGCGGCGCGGGAUGGUGGCCGGGGCUCGGGGCUGCGGCGCCAGGCCAUCCAAAAUUGGCACCGCCGGCCCUACCGCAACAGCACCGAGGGCGAGGAGGGAGAUGUCUCCGAUGUAGGGUCCCGCACCACCGAGUCGGAGGCUGAGGGUUGGGAUCCAGAGGUGCCCGGCAUCGCCGCGUCCCGGCACCCCGGCAGCUGCAGGCUGACUGCCAGGUCCGAGGGGGCUAUGUGCAAGGGGGGCCGGCUGGAGAGGGGCAGCCCCGGGCACUCCAGCGAGGUGAUCAGCCCCGAGAUCCUCAAGAUGAGGGCAGCGCUCUUCUGCAUCUUCACCUACCUGGACACCAAGACCCUGCUGCGGGCAGCCGAGGUGUGCAAGGACUGGAAAUUCGUGGCCCGGCACCCGGCCGUGUGGACGCGGGUGCUGCUGGAGAACGCCAGGGUCUCCUCCAAGUUCCUGGCCAUGCUGUCCCAGUGGUGCACCCAGAUGCACUCCCUCACCCUCCAAAACCUCAAGCCACGCCAGCGGGGGAAGAAGGAGAGCAAGGAGGACUACAUGAAGAGCACGCGGGGCUGCCUGGAAGCGGGGCUGGAGUCCCUGCUGAAGGCCACGGGCAGCAACCUGCUCAUCCUCCGCAUCUCGCACUGCCCCAACGUGCUGACCGACCGCUCGCUCUGGCUGGCCAGCUGCUACUGCCGGGCCCUGCAGGCUGUCACCUACAGGAGCUCUACGGACCCCGUGGGUCAUGAAGUCAUCUGGGCCCUCGGAGCAGGCUGCAGGGACAUCAUCUCCCUCCAGGUCGCACCUCUGCACCCCUGCCAGCAGCCAACGCGUUUCAGCAACCGCUGCCUUCAGAUGAUCGGCCGGUGCUGGCCUCACCUCCGGGCGCUGGGCAUCGGAGGGGCAGGCUGUGGUGUCCAGGGACUGGCCUCCUUAGCCCGAAAUUGCAUGAGGCUGCAGGUCCUGGAGCUGGACCACGUGGCGGAGAUCAACCAAGAGGUGGCAGCUGAGAUGUGUCGCGAGGGGCUGAAGGGGUUGGAGAUGCUGGUGCUGACCUCCACGCCGGUCACCCCCAAAGCCCUGCUGCACUUCAACAGUGUGUGCCGGAACCUGAAGUCCAUCGUGGUGCAGGUGGGCAUCGUGGACUACUUCAAGGAGCCCCACAGCCCUGAGGCCAAGAAGAUGUUUGAAGAAAUGGUGAACAAGCUCCAGGCCCUGAGGAAAAGACCCGGCUUCUCCAAGAUCUUACACAUCAAGGUGGAAGGAGGCUGCUAGACCUUCAGGGACCCACCAAGCACAUUCCCUCACCCUCCUGGCGGAGCCUGAGGCCCCGCACAACCGAACCCAAGCCCGCCGCGCUCCUGGAGCCCGGAGACGCCGGCCACAUGCACAAAAAAAAUAAUAAUAAUAAAACCCAAAACUCUCCAGGCCUUAGUGAGCAGCCUGUGCUCGCCCUGGGGCCGGCUCCACGGCCGUGUGGCGGGCCAGAAGGUGCUACUUAGGGGAAUUUUUCAGCUGCCCAAAGGGGCAGGCCCGUGCUGCUUCCCCGGAGGGAAGACGGCUUCGAACCCCGCGGCUGCUCAUCGCCAAGGAUCCUUGUUUGGGGAAUGUCUUUUUCUUUUGAACUCUUUUUUUUUUUUUUUUUUUUUUUUUUUUUUUUUUUGAGGGGGGGGUUAUUUAUUUUGGUUUUGGUUUUAUUUCGGCCGUUUCUUGGUGUGGGAGCUGAGGAUGGCUCAGGCCACCACCCCCGUAGGCCCUUCACAGAGCGCCGGGCCCUGUGGGUCACCCCCAGACCGUCCCGUCCCCUCCGUGGGCUGGUGGAUGAGGAGGGCUGGGACCGUCCUCUGCUCGUUUUCAUCGCAUUUCUGUGACAGAAAACCCAAAGUUGUGUCAACGCUGCCCAGAAACCAGCAGCCACGACAGCACAAGCACAGCAUAACCGCGUCUGGAGGACACCAGGAGAAGGCUGCUCGUCCGGAGGCCUCCAGCCUCGUCCCCCCUGCACCCAGCCCUCCCUGCCAAGGCAAUAAACCAGCCCCGAUGUCCUCGCCCACCAGGAAACAUGGGGCGUGCUCCCAUCCCCACCAGCGCUGACCACCCACCCGAGCUCCUUCUGGAGCCAGUUGUCCUGUGUGGAGAGAGGGACUGGCACGGGACACCCAAAUUUGUCCUCUCCUCACCGUCCCCAGCAGCCCGAAGGAGAAACCCAGGCCAAAUCAACCCCAAACCCAAAGCAGCUGGAGGAAGCACCAGCCCAACUGCCCUGGUAGAGCCCCCAUCUCCGUCCACUGCUUCUUUUCUAGCUCUGCUUUUGUUCUUCUGGCUCUCUCCUUCCUGCAAUGGCAUCAGCCCCCAAGCCCCCUUCUUUUUUCCAAAGGAGAAGGUUCUUGAAAGGCUUCCAGCGGGGUCAGGCAUCUCCGUCCUCAGCCCUAAGAGAAGACCCCAGGGGACCCCCAUCACAGCACUGCCCGCAGCAGGGACCCGGUGCCCUUAUCCAUGACCCCAACCAGGCGUGCUUGGACCCCACGCCUUAUGCUGAGAGGAGCCAACUGGGAAGAGCAGAUUUGGGAAGGAUUUGUCUUCUUCUGGGCCACCGAUGAAGGUUUUGGUGCCUGUUGGCCAAUGGGGCCACCCAUGGUGCAUGCGGGGCUGAGAGGAUCCAGCUCUUCCCAAGCAUCUCCCCUUCCUCCAGCCCUACCAGGGUGCUGGGCUGCCACCGAGCAUCCCCUUGGGAUGGAGGACACCACAGGCCCAUCCCAGUACCACCUUCCCCACCACACCACUGACCUCAGCCUGGAGCUCCGACCACGCUGGAAACCCACGGGGACCCCAAUGGAAAGCGCCCAAAUCGCCAAGGCCAACGGCGGGGUGGAGGCAGCUCCUGGCUCUCCGACCCCAGAAGACCAUUUCGUCCCCUCCUCAUCCCAUCUCCGCUCUCUCCUCCGAAGCAGGGUAGGGUCACGUGCCUAUUUUUUUGGCCGUAACCCCCGACGUGAAGCACCUCUGACCCCCCCCGUGACCCUCUGACUCCCCGUGCGCACUGAGCGCGGGAUCCCCAAAAAUUGCCUGCGAGAAACCACAUCCUGGGGACAAGCUCCCACCACGGGUUACCUCCACCCCGGAGAGGCUGGGACACGCAGAAACGGGGGCACAAGGAGCGAGGGGUGCCCCCACCAGCAAAAAAAAAUAAAAAAAAAAAACACCCAGCAAAGCCACAGCCCCCGGCCCCGUGUGCCGCUGUUGUCACCAUCCCACGAGCGUGGUGGCCCUGGUGGGGACGUCUCCAUGGGAAACGGCGCAGAGACUUGUGAAAUUCCCUUCAAAGAAACAAAGUAAGUAUUUAUUUCUAUUAAAAAAAAAAAAAAAGAAGGAAAAAAAAAAGAGAUUUUAAAGGAAAAUUAUAUAUUCAGCAUGUUUAUACACUCUAUGCUUAAAGACUAUCGUGUCGGAGAGUCGUGGCCCGAGGCUGAAGGUGGCUGCCCCGAUGUGCUGCUGGACCCUGCUGGCUCCUGGAGGCUGCGGGGAUGGGGUCGGGGAGAGGCUGGGGAGAUGUUGAGGACUUGGAGAAACCUUCGGUGCCCGCCCGAGUGGCUGCUGGUGUUGCCGGUGCACAUUUUGGCUUGUGGACAUGGUGCUGUGGGGCAUCAUUGGGUGGUUUGGCUUUGUGUGACGUCCCUGUUCCCCAAAUCGGUGCUUCGGUGCGUCACCGAGACCACACCAAACCAGCCGCCUCCCCUCGGGGCACUCCCCAAAAGUCCAAUUUCUGGCUUGGCAAAGCCCCUUUUUUUUUUUUUACAAAAUCCCGUGAGGACACGAGGCCUUGAGCGGGUUCAAGGCUCUGAAGAUGGAACGUGAGGGUUUUUUUUUUUCCUCUAUUUUUCUCAAUGCCUGGGCUUGGACACAUCCCUUCCUCCUCCUCCUCUUCCUCAGCCAGGGAUGAAGGCGUCUGCCAUGGGGUGAUGUGGGCUUGGUGGUAACGAGAGCCCUGCAUCUCUGCAGCCCUCCUGGGGGCUCCUAAUUGCUGAGUUGUUAAUGGCAACGAGCUCAUUAACAGCGUCUUGGUGAUGGUUUCCCUGCUGGCUCCCAGUCCCACGGGCACGGUGCCACCGGGUGCCCCGCAGCCCCCAUCGCCCACCCUCUUCCCCCCCCACGGGUGCUCAGUGACGCUUCUCUCAGUCGUGGGGCUUCAGCCCCAAUCCCUCUGGAAACGAUGGAGACCAAAAAUCCCAAAUCCCCCGGGAGCACCCCGAAACCACGCAGCGCUUUUAGGGUGCCGGCAGGGAAGGGACUGCCAUAGCGUGAGCUCAACCCCAUACCAGACCCUAGAGAAGCCCCACUGGGGCUCUGCGAUGACAAUCCCCAGCCCAAGCUAGGGGGCCCCAGGGGCGAGCAGCUUUCUUUUGGGGUUGCUGGUGGCUUCCCACAGGACCCGUUUUGGGGGAUUUCUUCCUUUUCUAGCGAGCUUGCCCAAAGUUGUCCCAUGGCCAACAUUAGCGGCGUUCCCCUUCUCUUGAACCUCGGUGCCGGGCAGGGGCAUCAAGAGGAAUA